UUGAACAUUAUUCAAUUUCACUCAUCAUAACAAACAAUAUUCGAACACUACACAGCAAUAACCCACACAUCAAUAACUUUUGGGAUUGGUGUGGGUUCCUAAUUUCUUGUUCUAAAAAUCAACAUCAAUGGCUUCUUGGCGUUCUGCUCCACUUCAUGUGUCAUAUGAUGUUGUGGGUUGGAUUGCCUUCAUCUGCUGGUCUGUGAGUUUUUACCCUCAGAUUCUCUUGAACUAUCGCAGGAAAAGCGUUGUGGGGAUGAACUUUGAUUACAUGGUGCUAAACUUGGUGAAGCAAACAUGGUAUUUCGUCUACAACUUGUCUCUGUAUUUCAGCUCUACUGUUCAGAAGCAAUACCAUGACAAAUACGGUAUCAAAGAGAUGAUACCUGUGGCAGUAAAUGAUGUUGCCUUCUCAGCGCAUGCUAUUCUACUUAGUGCAGUUCCUGUAUUCCAAAUUGCAAUCUAUGAACGUGGAAAUCAGAAAGUUUCAAAAAUUGCCAUUGGAAUCAUGGUGAUUAUGUGGUCAAGUAUAGCAGUUUGUUUCUUCAUAGCUUUGCCUAAACAUCAUUGGCUCUGGCUUGUCUCCAUCUUGAAUGUAAUGCAAGUUAUUUUGACAGUUAUAAAAUAUGUUCCCCAGGCAGUGAUGAACUUCUUGAGAAAAAGCACAGAAGGAUGGAGUGUUGGUUUUACUCUGCUGGAUUUUGCUGGAUCAGUAGCAACCUAUGGACAAAUGGUUAUGCAAUCAAUUGAUCAAGGUUCUUGGAAAAACGUCUCUGGUAAUAUAGGGAAAGUGCUGGUUGCUCUGGUGUCUAUCCUUUUUGACAUCAUCUUCAUGUGCCAACACUAUCUGCUCUAUCCUGCAAAACAUAACAAAUCAGAGACCUCUACUGAGCUUGAAAAUUCCAAGCCUGUGGAUCAACCACAACCAGAGCAUGUUUAAGGUGUAGAUCCUCUUGGAGUGAACCCAUCUAAUUAUUGUUGAAACAACAGAGUUAUCCAAGAGAAACAGAGAAGCAAAGAUCAUUAAGUUGGUUCUGCUCUUCAUUAGGUUGAUUUGUAAGAUUCGCGAGAAAUUUCACCUCUUGUAAAUAUUUUAAAUCUUUGUCUAGCUACAAUGUCGUCAUUUGAUUAUAAGAUUAGGAUCAUGUGGUUUUGGU